GCUAGCAUGACAGGGAGUUUUUCUCAAUUGUGUCGUCAAAUCGGAAACAAGCUCAAGAUCAAAUAAGAAACAGAAAACAACGCAUAAAACGGUUUUAGAACGUGGGUGGUUUAAAACAAAAUAAAACAAUGAGUGAUUAUAAGUAUAUGUGUGGUUUUGGUUCCCAUUUUUCUUCGGAGGAUCCACGUUGUCCCAAUGCUCUUCCCGUUGGACAAAAUACACCACAGAAGUGUGCCUAUGGGCUCUAUGCUGAGCAAUUGUCUGGUACAGCUUUUACUGCGCCACGCAAAGAAAAUGCUCGCACUUGGCUCUAUCGAAUCAAUCCCAGUGCAAAACAUCAACCAUUUCAGUCGUACGAGAAGGAGGGUGGAAAAUAUUUGACACACAAUUGGGAUGAACAGAAACCUAAUCCAAAUCAGAUGCGUUGGAAACCAUUUGACAUGCCUGCCCCUUCGGAGAAAGUAAAUUUCGCCCAAGGUCUGCAUACGGUAUGCGGUGCUGGUGAUGCUCGUUGUCGCCAUGGUCUGGCGGUGCACGUCUUCAUGUGCAAUGUGUCGAUGAAGGACUGUGCUUUCUAUAACAGCGAUGGUGAUUUCCUUAUUGUUCCCCAAGAAGGAGUUUUGGACAUAACCACUGAAUUUGGUAAAAUGAAGGUUGCUCCAAAUGAAAUCUGUGUAAUACCUCAGGGAGUUCGUUAUUCCGUCAAUGUUGCAGGUCCCACAAGGGGUUACAUCUUGGAGGUAUACGACAAUCAUUUCCAUUUGCCAGAUUUGGGACCCAUUGGUGCCAAUGGCUUAGCCAAUCCCAGAGAUUUUGAAACUCCUGUAGCUUGGUUUGAAAAUCGUGAAGUUAAAGAUUUUGCUGUGAUUUCUAAAUAUCAGGGUCAUCUAUUUGUGGCCAAACAAAAUCAUUCCUGUUUCGAUGUUGUUGCCUGGCAUGGCAAUUAUGUCCCCUACAAAUAUGACUUGGCCAAAUUCAAUGUUAUCAACUCGGUCAGUUUUGAUCAUUGCGAUCCCAGCAUUUUCACAGUUUUGACAUGUCCCAGUUCGCGAUACGGUACUGCCAUUGCUGAUUUUGUUAUCUUUCCGCCCAGAUGGUCGGUGCAGGAGCGUACAUUUAGACCUCCGUAUUAUCAUCGCAAUUGCAUGAGUGAAUUUAUGGGCUUGAUACUGGGGCGCUAUGAGGCGAAAGAAGAAGGCUUCAUGCCAGGUGGAGCCACAUUGCAUUCUAUGAUGACUCCCCAUGGUCCAGAUGCCAAAUGUUUCGAAGGUGCUUCUAAUGCGAAAUUGGUACCCGAGCGUGUGGCCGAGGGCACUCAGGCUUUUAUGUUUGAAUCGUCCCUUAGCAUGGCUGUCACCAAAUGGGGCGAAGAGACUUGCCAAAAACUAGAUGCCAAAUACUAUGAGUGCUGGCAAAUGUUGAAGAAUAAUUUCAAAUUGCAAUGAAUAAUCCAUUUAAAGCGAAUGACAUUUUAAUAGUAAAUAAAACUCGGAGUAUGCUUUCAUAGAAUUGUUUUAAAAUA